AUGUAUCGCUUUAUAUUAAUGUUAAAUAUUUGUUUCCAUUUCAUAAAAGCAGAAAAUAAUAUCAUUGUUUUAAAAAAUUCAUCCGUGCCAAUUUACAAUCGAGAUGGAAAUCAAAGUCCACUUGAGUAUGAGAUUCCUUGCGGUAUUCGACAUGGGUAUGAAGAUAAUCGAAUAGUAGGUGGCGUUCCAGCUACAUAUGGUGAAUUUCCUUGGCUAGUUUCCUUGCAAUUAUUUAUGGGUAACAUGUCUAAACAUAUAUGUGGUGGGGCUAUUGUUCAUUCAAAUUGGAUAUUAACGGCUGCACACUGCGUAGCCAAUGUUCCAAAAAAUAGCAUACGAAUUGUGGCUGGUGAUUAUAAACUUUAUGAAUUAGAUGGAACGGAACAAGUACGAACAGUAGCACGUGUGAUUACUCACAGUUUUGAAUUGGCGAAUUUUACGCACGAUAUAGCUUUGUUAAAACUAUCAAGACCUUUAGAACUUGACUCAAAAUAUGUUGCUCCAAUUUGUGUACCGAACAAUUACGAUGAAUUUAAAGGGGUUGGAACAAUUUCAGGUUGGGGAAAACCAACAGAAUUAGGCGCAGUUACAAACAUUUUACGCCAAGUAAAUAUACCUUUUAUAGAUUCAAAAUAUUGUCGAGACACAUUUGCACGUGAGGGCUUAGAGAGUUUCUUUAACGGAUGUCAACUUUGUGCUGGAUUACGAAAAGGAGGUCGUGAUUCUUGUCAGGGUGACUCUGGAGGCCCGUUAAUUUGUAAAAAUGAAAAAGAUGGUCGUUAUUAUAUUUGUGGAAUAGUCAGUUGGGGUAUUGGAUGUGCACGGCCGAAAUAUCCUGGUGUUUACACAAAAGUUUCCUGUUACAGUGAUUGGAUCGCAAGGAUUAUUUACAAUAAGAAUAAUAUUUUGGAUGGCUAUCCAAAUUAA